AUGUCAUCAUUUUAUCCUUUCUGGACUAAUGCCACAGUUGCUCAUGAAUCUCAGCAGCAUCAUUUCCCCUGUUGUUUUCCUCAGGCCAGUAUUCAUAUUAACGACAUAUUUUGCACCGAUCAUGCGGCUAAGGAGCAUGACAUGAAGGGGGAUGAUGCCUGGGAAACGAUCAUUUUAUCCAAUUAUAUGAUUGAUUUCGAGUGGCUUUGUCAAGCGGUCCCAGCGUUAGCAAUGGUGCAGAAGCAGCUAAUUGUUCUCAGCGGCGAAAAGGGGACUGCUACCGUUCGCGUAGUGGAGUCCUCAGCAGGGUCCGGCGAUGGUUCGUGUACGAAGGUCACCCGCUACAGCCCUGUUCCAGAAUCUCAAGACAACCACAAUGGUAUGAUAUGGGCAGCCAUCGCAGGUGGGAUCCCCCACGAAAAAAUAGUGAUUCUGGAACCCCCACUACCUUACUUAUACGGUACGCAUCAUAGUAAAUUUGUCUUGGCUAUCAAUAAGCAUGGAAUUCGAGUUGUGAUUUGCACAGCCAAUUUUAUUCACGAUGAUUGGGUGAAUAAAACACAAGGGAUUUAUAUACAGGAUUUCCCCUUCAAGAGCAAUGUUCUCAGCCCCGAAGGCGGUGGAGACUCGAACAUGGGAGCUCCUUGCCUACCUGUUGAUGAUUAUCAGCUACGAAAGGGGGAAGACUUUAGGUUAUAUCUCCAGCUCUAUUUAGGACAAGUCGGUUUGUUGCCGCUUCCGCGGGGGAAUAAAUCACGGCAGAUUGUAUCAUUUUCUCCACAGGAUUUAGAUGCGUUUGACUUCUGUUCGGCUAAGGUAUGGCUUUUUGGCUCCGUCCCUGGGAGUCAUAGGGGACAACGGUUGAUGUCUUUUGGAAUCAACCGUUUGUUUAGUGUCCUCAGGAAUGUCAGUCUAUCGACUGAAGCGGCUCUCACAAACACCACGAACCCGAACGACACUCAACCGGUGAUACUGAGUUGGCAAUACAGUUCACAGGGCUCACUCAAUGACAAGUUUUUAAAAGCAAUGCAACGCUGCAUGACGGCACCAGACGUUUUCGUGGCCGACCUACAAGUGAUCUACCCCUCGGAGGAUGAGGUUCGCUGCUCUCUGGAAGGCUGGCGUGGUGGACUUUCCCUCCCCGUCCGCCUCCGGUGUUGCGACCCCUUUAUCAACGCGCGGCUUCAUCGCUGGGGUUCCUCCGGUGAUUCGCUUUCGUCGGCGUCCGAAUUGUGGCGCUAUGCCCUGCCGCAUAUCAAAUCCUACGCGGCGUUGGAUCGCGCGCGCCGCAGCAUCGUCUGGUUCGCCCUCACCAGCGCCAACCUCUCCCAGGCGGCGUGGGGGGUGGGCGGGGGCGGCCGAAGAGGGGCCCGCCCGACGCGCGAAAGAUUCCCUCUUUAUCCGCUCCUACGAGCUGGGGGUGCUCUAUGA